CAGAUCUACAUAUAAGUAUUCACAAUAUAAGCUACACUGAAAUCGAUUCAGAUCAGAAGCGUUGCUUGUGGAAUUUGAUUGUUAGGUUAUGGAGGAAAACAGAAGGAAGAUGUCUUCUUUGCAGUUGUGUUGUUUUCUAUUGAUCGGUUGCUUGGUUUCGACCAUUUACGCUUCUUCCGACGCUAGUUCAGAAGAACAUGCUCAAGAAGUUCAUUGUUCCAGAGAAAGAAGUAGAGCUGCAUACAAUAUUAUUGAGGAGUAUUUGAUUCCAUUUGUUGAACAAGAGAAUUACCAAAUGUCACAUAAGUGUAAGCUUCAUCCUGGAAAUGACAUAUUUAGAGAUCAAGAAGAGCACAAGAUUCAUGUGGAUGUAAAUGAAUGGCGUUGCGGAUACUGUAAGAAAAGCUUCCGAGCAGAGAAAUUUCUUGAUCAACAUUUUGACAACAGACACUACAAUCUUCUAAAUGUUAGUGAGGGCAAUUGCUUGGCAGAAUUAUGUGGAGCAUUGCACUGUGAUCAUGUAAUAAAUUCUGUUGUUCCUAAAUCAAAGUGCAAUCCUGCAGCUGCAGCAAGAAAUCGUCACUUAUGCGAGAGUCUUGCAGACAGCUGUUUUCCUGUACAUCAGGGUCCAUCAGCAGGCCGACUUCAUGAACUAUUUUUACGCCAAUUUUGUGAUGCACAUACUUGUUCAGGCCGCAUUAAGCCCUUUUCUAGAGGAGGCAAGAAGCAUACCAACAUCUUUUACUUUGCUAUAUCAAUAUUGAUUUUGAUGUUGCUCCCAAUUUUCUAUCUCAUUGUAUAUCUGUACCAAAGAGAAAUGAGAAAGGGCACACAGAUUCUAAGGCGCAUCUCAAAACAGAGUCUAAAGAAAAAACCAUCUUAAUUGGUCAUGGUCGUGGAUUUAUAUAUAUGGCAAUUGGCACCAUUUGAUAUAUCCGGAACAUGGAGUGUAGCAUUCUUUACAAAGAAAAACAAAUGACGUGGCAUUAUAGAAUUAUCUUCUGAUACAAGAUCCAAGUCUUCUAGAAGCUUUGUACCAUGUCAUCGACAUACACUCACCUAGUAUUGGAAUUCAUGGGUUUCAUAUCUUGUAUUCCUCAUACUCACUAGGAUGUCAAAAAUUAGUUUGACCCUUA